UGUGCUUUUGUAAUGUAAUAAUAGAAAAUAGACCUAUUUGUAUUGUAAAAAGUGUAAUAUUGGUACAAUGUGUGUUUUUAUUGUAUAACUUACUAAUCGGCAAUUUUUGUAGUAUUUUAUGACGUUUACAAUGUUUUUCUUAAAUUAUUAUACAUCACAUAACAUAACCAUUGCGUGAUAAUGGUUAUCAGAGACUUUAAUGAAAGAAAAUCGUGGAUUCAACAUCAACACCACUAAAGAACAGUUACGUAGUAAUGGAUAGCAAGAAGCAUGAUAAGUGGGAAGCCUUGGCUACCAUCAAAUCUUUUGAUCAAGGUAUUACACGAAACAGUCAUCAUGAGUCCAUCUUACAGCAGAGUAUGCAUCACAUCGACGUCGUCAACUCCGCUGCGACGACGCCCAUCAGCCUCCUCGUACAGUCUCUAGUCAAACAAUUGUGUUCGUUACUUGAGAAGGAUCUGAAUAGAGCUAAUCAAUUGUAUAACACUAUCUGCGAAAAACUUCAUAGCAUGAAUCUUAUAGAUAAUUCGUACUCGAUGGGCGAGUUCGAAGUGAUGAGGAGCCAGUAUCAAAGAGCUCUGUACCAACUCGUCACAGUCGCCAGUGGAUCAGAAAUACCAAUUCCUCUCCCAGUAUCCUGGCCUAUCAGUUAUUCAGGGCUUGAAUGGUCGAGGUACCACAAGGAGUUCGAAGAAUUGUACUUCAUAGCAGGAGGAGGAUUCGGUAGUGUAUUCAAAGCUCGACACCGACUAGAUGGCGUUGAAUACGCAGUCAAAAAAGUGUUCAUCAAAUCUUCAGACGUGAAUUCCAUAAUGACGCAUUUAGCUGAAGUAAAAACCAUCGCAAGCUUGAAUCACCCUAACAUCGUCAAUUACAAAGCCGCAUGGUUGGAACCAAUGAUUGAGUCCAGAGUGAAAAAGAAAAAACGAUACAAAAUGGACACUGACAGUGACGAAUUCUCAAUAGGAUCCAAACAAGUGUCUUCGGUAUAUACUAAUGUAAUGAAAUCUUUUAAAACGUACAAUUCUAAAGAAUUAACUAAAAAGCGUAGUCAUUCCGAUUUCAUAGUAUUUGAAGGAUCGCAAAGUGUGGACAGUAGCGCAAGCUUUGAUGAAGAGUUGGAUAGCGAAGACGACUCUAUUCCGAGCGAGCAGAACGCUGUGUGCAAACUACUGUCGAGCAAGGAAUAUGAAAACUGUUCUAGAGUGAACUUGAAAUGGGCCACGCUUUAUAUCCAAAUGUCUUACUGCCAACAAACCCUAAAACAAUGGUUAGAUGAGAGGAACAAUCACAUGAUAAUAUCAAGGAAAAACUCCGAUGAUCUGACAUUACACCAUAGUGAUUCCACCGAUUCCAGUUGCUUCGAAUCUUCUUACGGGGAUUGCAACUAUCCAGUGGCCUGGACUCGUAUCGAUAUCUUAGUCGAUAUGUUUACUCAAUUAGUGCGGGGCUUACAUUACAUUCAUUCAAAGGGGAUCAUCCACCAUGACGUGAAACCGAGUAAUGUGUUUGUGGGUCAGAGUGAUAAUGGUAUAACAGUUCAGCUAGGCGACUUCGGUCUCGCUUGUCCACUACAACAAUCGCAUAGUGGUUUAGCUCUUGGAACGCAUAUGUAUGCGGCGCCUGAGCAAUUGGAAGGGCAAUGCAAUCCUAAGAGCGACAUGUACUCUCUUGGCAUCAUUCUCCUAGAAAUGGUGGAACCCUUCAGUACAGACAUGGAGCGCGUUAAGACGAUCACAGAUCUUCGAAAGGGUCAAAUUCCUGCUCACCUUACCGCAAAUUAUCCAAAAAUAGCUCACAUUAUUGGAAAAUUAGUUCAAAGACGACCGAGCAAACGCUUAGAGACUGCUCAAUUACUGGAAGAACUGAAAACACUUUCUGAGAACAAAGAUGACACAAUUCGUCUGUUGAAAGAGGAAUUAGCGGCUAAGGAUGAUGAAAUAGCGCAUUUAAAAAUGAUGCUCGCUAAAAUGAAUUCACUCAAUUUUCAUUCUUAGCAAUUCUAACGCAUGUAGUCUUUAAAAAAAAUACAUAUUCUUCAAAUAAACCUUAGAGUACUCUCGUCUCUAAAACGUUUGUUUUAAAUGUCAACAUAUAUGUAAUAUUUUUUUGAUGUAAUUUUAAUGAAUUUGUCUCAAAUGAUAAGUACCUAUGAUACAAUUAUGUGUAACCGCUUUUCUAGUUAUAGAAAUAACUCAAAUUAGUUCAGUAUUCUGACUUAGAGUUAUAAUUGAACAUUUCUUUUAGUAUAGGACUAUUUGACGGAUUGUUUCGUAGAUUCAUGUUUCCAAAUGUUUUUGAUUUUUUAAUUCGUUUUUAUUUAUUAAUUUCCUGUGGAUCCAGUAUUUCCUACAAGAGAAGCUGUAUUUGUAAUGCGGGAAAAUUGUACUGAUAUGUGUGUGUCCUUGUGUGUUAAUGUAAUUAUAAUAUAAGUACUUAAGACG